CGCUUGUAAGUGAGAGAGCUUCAGUAGUUUUAUCCUAAGUAGGAAAUCGUCCAAGACUCUCUGUCUUACUUAUGGCGGGUUAUGGUUAUUACAGAAGCCAGAGCCCCUACGGAGGAUUUGAUCCGUGGAAAGCUGAAUGGAGCUGCAACUCCGAGCAGCUUUGCCGUCCCGCCCUUGAUGAAUCUGAGGGAAGAAGAGUGAUUGCUGGUGACCCUUUUCAAAGCCCAGGGACCUAUGUCAUGAAAGUCGAAACGACUGUUGAACGCGUCCAUCCAUCCAUGUUCUCUGAAUACUACAGACAAUGCUCUCCCCCGAGGUACGAGCACCGCCCGCGUUAUGGAGGAGUCAAUAACAGGCCGCACGGGCCUUUGAUCCCGAGCAAUGACCAAAAUGAAGUGAGCCAACGACCAUCUGGGUUUGGUGCUCCACGGGCACCACACCAGCUCAGGAUCCCCGUCUCCGCAGGUUCUUAUGGCACUACCAAUGCUGGGGAUAGCGAACAUGAGACUGAAAGGCGCAAGCUUAUUGCCAAUACCAUUAAGGAUGAAGACCGUAAAGCUGAUAAAAUUCUGAAACCACCGGUGACAACAGAAGGUGGUAAUUGGCCUAGGCCUGGUUAUCCAGCAGGGUCCGUGCUACCGAGUCGCCCUAUCUCAUCUGAGAGAGAGCAAACCGUCCCACCGCCAUCAAUGAUCAUGACUGGACAUCGGGACAGGCGUGGUCCUUCUAUGGAACUCAGCAAACCGAUAAAUGACAUAGGCACGGCCAUGGAGUACUUGAAGAAAGUUGCGGUUCCAUCCUCUGUCAAUACCAUCAAGGACGAAGAUCCCGAUCACGGUUACUUAAAAGGUGAUAAAAUUCCGAAACCACCAGAAGGUGGUCCUGCAGCUAGGUCAGGCAAUCCAACACGGUCCAUGCUGCCAAAUUAUUAUACCUCGUCGGAGAGAGGAGAGAGGACCGUUCAACCUCCGUCUAGGACCAUAACAGGAGGUUGGGAGAGGCGAAGUCAUGAUGUGGGGCUUGAACCGAUGAAUGAAACAGGCAAGACAAUGGAGUACUCAAAGGAAGCUGUGAAGCCUCCGCCAGUCAACACGGUUCCCAAAAGAGAUUCGAACCCUGAAACAAUCGACAGCCAGGAAGCCAGAAGACGAUAUGAGAAUCUCAACCCCGCACCAGAGCAGUAUGCGACAGGUUACGCCAGCACUAUCGACAGUCGAGAGGCUGCAAGGAGGUACAACGGACGGUUUGUGGAAUAGCAAGAUUUGGAUUGAUCAGCUCUCAGCCUUUAGCUAGUAACUAGCAUAUGUGUGCACUUGAUAAUGUGCUUACUCUAUAUCAACUCUGUUUCAAUAAGCAUUGUCGGAAGCAAUGCUCCGACAAGUAGUUUGCAUAACUCUAGUUUGUAAGCAGAAUAUGUCGAACUGUGAUAGCCAAGGCUGUUUUUGA